AUUGUUAACCCGAAUAACAUCUUUAUUAUCAAUUAUCAUUAUUCUGGAAAGUGGGAAUGGUGAAACAGGAAAAGGAAAGCCAAAUCCAUGUUAAAGUCUUCAAACCAAUUCCUCCAGUAAACGAAAUAUAAACAUUUUUCCAUCAACUUUCGCUGAACCGGCCUAACAGGCAUCACAGUUGGACUUUUGAAGGAACUUAAGUACUGUAGUGAAAGCCAUCAAUAUCAGGAUGGAAUUAGCAGACAGAGCAGUUGGGUUUCUGUUAUCUUUUAUCAGCUUAUCCAUAUUCACGUAUUAUACCUUCUGGGUCACCAUUCUGCCAUUUGUAGACAGUGAUCACUUCAUCCACGAGUAUUUCCUACCACAAGAAUACGCCAUACUAGUACCUGUAUUUGCCGGUGUGGUGCUUAUCUGUUUCUUGUGUGUAUUUAUUGGAUUUGUGAUGCUCAAAUCCAAAAAGAAGAAGGCUUGAUACAAUUAGUUCUGCCUUUUAAAAAAAAUCUUUGAGAGUAACUUAGAGUUCUUAUUUUCUUGUUUGUUUUUUUACCUCUCUACACAUUUUCUGAUCUGAAGGAGUGUUUUAAUUUUGGAUUUGUUGAAACUUGCAGGUUUUGUGUAUCUGUAUCAUUUCUAAUACUAUUAGAAGCUCAUAUAUUAGUCUAUUACCUUAGGGCCUAAA